AUGACCAACUUCAACAUCAAAAUCGUCUCGGACGCGAUAUGCCCGUGGUGUUACGUCGGCAAGAAACGCCUCGAACGUGCCAUUGCAACCUACCAGCAAACUGUCCCCAACGGCGCCGACGACACCUUUACCAUCUCCUGGCAUCCCUUCUACCUUGACCCGAGCCUGCCCCCCGGAGUCAGUGUCGACCGCGGCGAACACCUGGCGCGCAAGUUCAGCUUGGGCCCGGAACGCUUGGCUGCGUCCACCGCGCGGCUCAAGGCCCUUGGCGCGGAAGAGGGCAUCGCCUUUUCGCUGCGCGGCCGUAUCGGGAAUACCCGCGACGCACACCGGCUAGUGCAGCUGGCCAAGACCAAGUCGGCGCAGGCGGAGGGCCGGGUGGUGGCGACGUUAUUCAAAAGCCACUUUGAAGAGGACGCAGAUAUCACGUCGCGGGAUGCCCUGGUAGCGGUGGGCGAGGCAGCUGGGCUGGAGAAGGGCGAGGUGGAAAGCUGGUUAGAUGGGGGAAAGGGUGGUGAGGAGGUCGACCGCGAGGUCGAAGCGGCGUAUGCCCAGGGCAUAAAUGGGGUGCCCAACUUCACGAUUGAUAGUCGGUACCAGGUCCAGGGCGCGCAGGACGUUGAGACAUUUUUGGAUGUGUUUGCGCGAGUGAAAAAGGCAGCGGGUCCAGGCAAUCUUGGUGUGCAGUCGACGUCGGGCCUGUCCUGUUGA